AUGGUGCAGCAGGUAGACAGCCUGGAGCUGGACGGCGGCCACCCGACCGAGGAGGAGGGAGAGUUUAUGGCCGGCAGCCCGGCGGCGCUGGACGAGAGCGACCCGGACUGGUGCAAGACCGCCACCGGGCACAUCAAGCGCCCCAUGAACGCCUUCAUGGUAUGGUCCAAGAUCGAGCGGCGGAAGAUCAUGGAGCAGUCCCCGGACAUGCACAACGCCGAGAUCUCCAAGAGACUAGGCAAGCGCUGGAAGAUGCUCAACGACGGCGAGAAGAUCCCCUUCAUCCGGGAAGCCGAGCGCCUCCGGCUCAAACACAUGGCGGAUUACCCCGACUACAAGUACCGACCCAGGAAAAAGCCCAAGCUGGAGGCUUCUUCCAAGCAGCAUGCCCUGGGGCAAUCCCCAGAGAAGAGCCCCGGGGCCAUCAAGGGGGGCAGGAGCUCUGCCAAGAAAUGCCCCAAGAUGAAGUCCACCAGCAGCAGCAGCAGCCCCACCACCUCCACCACCAGCAAGCUUGGAGCCAACUCUCCUGGCAUGGAGGACUGCUUGUUGGGCAACCUCAAGGUGACCAAGGCUGUCAAGUGUGUCUUCAUGGAUGAGGAUGAUGAGGAAGAGGAGGAUGAGGAUGAUGAGCUGCAGAUGAGGAUCAAGCAGGAGGAAGAGGAUGAGCAGCUCCCGCAGUACAAUGUGGCCAAAGUGCCGGCCAGUCCCACCUUAAGCUCCUCUGCGGAGUCCACAGAAGGGGCCAGCAUGUACGAGGAGGUGAGCGGGGCCAGCAGCAUCAGCACCAACAGUAGACUCUAUUACAACUUCAAGAACAUCACCAAACCCAGCACAGCACAACCCACCAUCACCCUGGCCCCAUCCCGCUCCAUCUCCUCUUCUACCUCAUCCAGCAGCGACAAGGACGAUCUCCUCUUCGAUCUCAGCUUGAACUUCACACACAACCCUCAGGCAGCACCCGAGCUGGGCAACUCCAACUCAGGAAGCCUUUCCCUCUCCUUGGUGGACAAAGACUUGGACUCUUGCAGCGAAGGUAGCCUAGGCUCCCACUUCGAGUUCCCAGAUUACUGCACCCCAGAGCUCAGCGAAAUGAUUGCAGGGGACUGGUUGGAAGCUAACUUCUCAGACUUGGUCUUCACCUACUAA